AUGUAUGCAUACUUGAUAUCUGUUUACAAGGCCGGGCGGUUCUGGAAAAAGAGGGAGUGCUCGGUGUCUGUGCUAGGUGCUACCUUGUUCUUGAGUGCAUCCAUGAGGAAUGGUGCAACACGAAAAGAGGACAAGUGGACAGCGGCUGACAUGGGCAAGGUGGGGGUUGCCAUGCCAGUCUCGGCAGCCCCAGUCCGCAGGUGGUUAGUCACGCCGGGAUCACAGGCUGGCCCCGCAACCAAGGAUGCGCAUCAGUGGAUAGGCAGUCCCAAGUCACGCUUGACCCCUCCCCGUUCUCACCACCAACACCAACGCUCAAGAAAUCUUGGUUCCGGUUAG